CAGAUCAUGAACACGCCACCAUUCAAGCGUAAAUUUGCUGACAGUUCUCCGUACAAGGUAAAACAACUUUUGGAACAGGUGAAGAAAGAUGUGGCCGGCACAAAUCAAGAUCACGGGAAACCAUUCUGUUUCAAGACAUUUCAUUUCUUCACUGCCCUGUUGCCAUGCCUCAAACAAGUAAAUGAAGAGUUCAAACAUUUUUACAAUGUAAGUGUCCUUGACCUAGAUGUGAAGGAUGAUCUUCAGAGAUCAAAGGUCAUCAACUGGUGCAGAACAGCAAAAGUUUUAUAUCCUGUGAAAGCAAGAGCAGAUGGAAACUGUCUCCUGCAUGCUGUGUCUCUUUUUCUUUGGGGGUUUGAGGAUAGGGAUUUAAUGUUACGCAGACUAGUAUACCUUUCUCUUGCCAAUGACACAACGGGCAAGUUCUUCAAAAGAUGGCUGAUACAUCAGAGAAAUAUGUCUCUCGAUCGACCGAAUGAGUUUAACCCAGAUAUGAACUCAACGGACAUGAAAGCAGAAUGGGAAAAUAUUAUCAAAGCAGCAGAAGACAUUCCUCUAGAUACAAACACUGCGUUGAGCUUCCAGUCUUUAGAAGGAAUUCACUUGUAUGUACUAGCCAACAUUUUAAAGAGACCAAUAAUAGUCUUAGCAGACAGAAGUGCCCGCUCAGUUUAUGGUCAGAGCAUGCAGAAGGAUAAUAUUGGAGGGAUUUAUCUACCUCUGGAUUGGCAACCCUCAGACACCUGCAAGUCUCCGAUUACAAUAGCGUACAGCAUGAAUCACUUUACACCUCUUCUUCCUCAAAGAACAGUGCAGGAUGGAAGAGCCACAGACUCAGAAUAUGUUAUUCCAUUAGUGUAUCAUGACUUUGAACCUAUUGUGCUGCGAUUUUUACUUUAUACUGAAGAACAGUUGGGAUAUGAUUUGAUCAAUGGGUAUUUAGAUACUAAAAAUAUUCCCAUGACCACUGCAGAUUCAAUUCUUCAAAUUCCUGUGGCAAAGUCAAAUUAUCAUAUAAUCAAGCCAGCAUUUGACAUUGUGCAGAGCCAUUUUGAAGAAUGUCAACAAAUCUAUCAAAUGUGGAUAAGAGGAACACAGGUUUCUGUCAGUCAGCCUCGGAUGAACUUUAAAUUGAACAAUGAGCCUACAACAGUUUCUAGUCAAAAUUCUGCUCCUCAGGCAUCUAUUGGUCAACAGUAUGGAUCAACCAAAUGCCAGACUCCAGGAUGUGAACUUUACGGUUCCCCUGAUUAUGGUGGAAUAUGCUCUGAGUGCUUCAAGAAAUAUACAGUAGAAUUUAAUAGAAAAGAAACAGAGAAUCGGAAACACUUUGUUGUGGAACCUUCAGCGCCAUUGGCUUCAAUGCCGUAUCUGCCAAGUGGUAAUUUUUCCAUGAUGGAUGAAAAUUGCCAAAACUUUGGUAAAUGUGGAAAUAAAAUGUCUGUGAAUAAGUAUCCAUUCUGUCAUGAGUGCCAGCCCGACAUCACACCCACAGGCCAUCCAAUCAGUCAGGAAAUGAGUUCUUCCCCUCCUCGGGCUGUUAAAAAUGAACCUGUCGAUGACAGUAGACUGUUUGGAGAAGGAGAAUUUAGAUCAUUCAAUUUAAAAGUUAUGGAAUCAAAUAGAACUGGUCCAAAUUCUCCUCGAACGGCCAAGUGCCUGUCACCAAGCUGUGAAAAUCAAGGCCAUCAGAACUAUAGUAAUUUUUGUAAAGAGUGUUUUUCAAAACACCAUACUCCUACUCCCAUGUCUGUAAGUGGCCAGGAGGGUCCAUCUUCACAGACUUACUUGAUGAAUGCCACAGGUGGAGGCCCUAGUACUGGAACCCCCUCUCCAGGAGACUCAAACAUUCAGCUCUUUCAAAGUGGAGGAAAUAUGCUCAGUCUGGAAGAUAUCAAAAAGUUAGGAAAAUGUAAAUCUCAAGAAUGCAAAAGUUUUGGACAUGCACAUUUGCUUGGUUAUUGUGAGACUUGUAUCAAUAAGACAAAGCACCUAGAGUCUCUAGGGACUUCCGGAUCAUGCUCAGCAUCAUCCAGUUGUCUCAAAUUUUUGUGUUCUGCACCAGGAUGUAAAGAAGAGAGAAUUAAAAAUGAGUAUGGAUUUUGUUUGCAGUGUUUCAUUAAAAAUAAACCACCAGCUGUUGAGGUUAGCAAAGAGCCGAUACCUCCCCCAGAUAACAGUACAUUAGAAUCCAAUACACCGCUGGAGACCGGUGAAAUUCCACAACCGCGCAUUGUGACCAGCUCCAGGGAUAAGGUUAAAUGUGCCUCACCAUUGUGUGAUGCCCUUAUUUAUCCUCCCAGGCAACUAUGUGACAGAUGCACAGGCAUCCUUCAAAGAGAACAUGCAGAAAGCACAAGGUCAAGGUCACUGGAGGUCAAACGACAUAAACCAGCUAGGCAAGGAAACGCGUAUUCUCCCUCACGCCACAAAUGUCUGACUGAAAAUUGUGAUUUCUAUGGAGACAAAAAAUUCCACGGUUACUGCUCUAACUGUUACCAAGUUGCAACAUUUUCGUCCCCAAUGAGAGGCAAUCUUCCAGUGGUAACACCACGUCAGACUAACACCGCCCCUCAUCUUCGUCCAGGCUUGAAUUGUGUGGAGCCAGGGUGUGAUAAAUAUGGUGAUCCCUCUAUGAGUUACCGUUGCACUGAACACUACAGACAAGCUAUUUUUAGAGCCCCUCCCCCACGUUCCUCCCCCUAUCCCCUCCCAUCAGAGGUAGAACAGUACAAUGUAGCAGAAAAAGACAGAGGUCCCCCAGUUCACACUCAGUUACCCCAACCCUUUAGCCCCCAGCAAUAUAACAUUCCAGUGUCAUCUAGUGGGACAAGAAUUGAAAAUUCUCAAUAUAUUCAAACCAUGGAGAAAGUGGAGGGCUCUAGAAAGGGACAAAAAUGUAAAACACCCUCGUGUAACAAUUACGGCAACUCUAGUAAGCAAGGGUAUUGUAAUGCAUGUUAUAAAGAAAGGACUAAUGUGGGCUCCAGACACCUUAGUGAGCAGGGGGAAUAUACUUGUUGUUAAGAAUAAAGAGAAUUCUUGGAGAAAACUCAGAUUAUAAGUUACUGAAAUUUCUUCUUUUUUUUUUUAGCUUAAUUUUUUGUUUUAAUAUUACUCUGUGUAUUAAUUGUCAUAAAGUUUUGUCUUAUUAUUUAAUAUUGUGUUAUGAGUCUGAAUGAUUUAUGUAAGUUCUAGUAUGUAUGUUAAAAUUGUCACUUCAUAAACUCAAGCUUAGAAUUGUAAUGUGCAAGUAAUUCUGGAAUUUGAGGUUAUUUAAAUGUACUGGUACAUGCAUUUUUGAGGAAAAUAUUUAUGAGAAAAUUGAAAUUCCAUCCUGCUUCUAAAAAUACUACUACUUCUUAUGAACCUGAAGAAUACGUGACAUUAUUACUUGUGAGUUAUGCAUACUUCAUCUAUUGAGGAAUCCAAUGAUAAAAACUGUUCUGGAUGAUUGAGAUGAUAUUGCUUAAUUAAAGUACCGGUAUUGAUGAAAAACUUGGGCUGAUUGAACGUCAUGUAAUUUGGAGAUCUAUGUGUUGUGGAUGUGUAUUUGAUGUUACAUGUAAUAUUUAUUUGAAAUACAAAACAGUUAGGGACAAUCAUCUGAAGUUUGUUACUAGAUACAUUAUUUGUGGAAUUUGAGGAAUUAGACAAUUUUAUUAUUUAUUAGACUAAGUAUGUUAAUUUGUUUAUUUGUAUAUUUGUUGAUGUGCAUUAAAUUGAAUGUAGUUAUAACAAAA